AAGCACAUAAACUGGUUCUAUGGUUUGAGGAAACGUACAUACUUGGUGAAAUCAGGCAAGAAACAAGAGGUGGCCGUGAAAUUCAUAGUUCACCUCUUUUCCUACCUAAAUUAUGGUCAGUACAUGAUUCAGUUGAUUUAGGCAUUCCGAGAACCCAAAAUGCUAUUGAAGGAUAG